GUCAAGCAUCGAUUUUUGUGCCAGCUCUAAAAAAGAGUGCUGUUGAGCGAAUUUGGUUGGUUUUUUUUUUAGUUUUUUAAAUUAACUCUUUUGCUGCGAUCGUAACGGAUCGGAUCGGAUUCCCCUAUAACCUUUGACCGCACCGAGUGAAAUGUCGCUAAAUCCACAGUACGAGGACAUUGGCAAGGGAUUUGUGCAGCAGUACUAUGCGAUAUUCGAUGACCCGGCGAACCGGGCGAACGUGGUUAAUUUCUACAGCGCUACCGACUCCUUCAUGACAUUUGAAGGCCACCAAAUACAGGGUGCACCCAAGAUCCUGGAAAAAGUUCAGAGUCUGAGUUUUCAGAAGAUUACCCGAGUGAUAACCACAGUGGACUCGCAGCCCACGUUCGACGGCGGAGUGCUGAUCAACGUCCUCGGAAGACUACAGUGCGAUGACGAUCCCCCGCACGCCUUCUCGCAGGUGUUCCUUCUAAAGGCCAACGCCGGUACUUUCUUCGUGGCCCACGACAUCUUCCGUCUCAACAUCCACAACUCUGCCUAGGAGCCUUCCACUCCGCUGGACAUAUGAACCAUAUAUCCACACCACUCAGCUACACCCGCAACCGACAUCCAAAGAUGCCCAGCGCCUAACGACAACAACAACAACAACAACAUCAACUAACUGGCAGUGGAACUCAAUGAUAAAAAUAACAAAACAAUGCCGAAGCGGUCUCACGUUUAUCAGCAAAUGAAAACAAGUAAAAACGAAAAAAAGAAAAGAAAAAAACACAAUAAAAAAAGAAGAAAUUAAAAGCUAACUACUACUAUUGCGAUGUCAAAAUGGGCCACCAGCUCACCUUCAUUUGUGUCCCAUUGUGCCCGGUACUCUCGAUUCAAGGGGCCCAUCGAAUUGCAUAUUCCGCGGACACCUGCAUCUCGGGAUCUAAUUUAGCUAGGGCUAUUAAAUUUGGUAUGUGGUCUGCUUUGAUUUUCACUUUUCCCCGGAAAAACAGCAGCUGGCAACCACAUGAAUUGACUUCCUAGACUUUUUAUAUUCUUAAUUGAGUUACAACUCGAUUGUGUACUGUAAUUAUCGAAAUAAUUUUAGAUAGCCGUAUUGAAAAUAUGUUUUUUUAUCGAACUUUACUUUUUAACCUGAGUAUCGGGCUUCUUGAAUAGUCGAGAGGGUCGACCCAAGCUUUCUUGUAUGUGAUGGCGAAUUACUUUUUAUUGAGACAAAAAAAAAAACACUUAAAUAUAAAGAUUAACGUUAA